UGAAAAUAUUGCGGCUUUUGAUCAUGAACAGCAAGAUGAAGAAAGGUAAGAGCCCGAAAGGGCCAGUAACCAAGGAAGUGUUCCCACAUGAAAUGGAGAGGAAGAAAGUCACAGGAAGUCUUAAGAAAAAGCCACCCUCCUCUUAUGGUGCUAGGAAGGGAGAUAGUGCAGUUAAAGGAUCAGAGUCUUCAUUCAUGGCAACAGGGACGACUGUGAAAGGAACACCGAAAACUAAGGGUACGAAGAAGACUCCAUUGAAGGCUAAGGAAAAUUUAAGCACCAACAGAUUCAAAUCUGGUAUUCUUAGUAAAAGUAAGAAAAUGAAGGUCAGGACUGAUAGAGAAAUGAUGAAAUUGCAUAAUAAGUCAGCCUCUAUUAUUCAAAGAUGGUGGAGGAAGAUCUUACAAGAAAGAAACCAACUACGCCAAAAGUUGAUAAUUGCUAAACAAGCACUUAAUGAGCUGAAUUCUAAAAGAAUGGAGAGGAAAAGUCUGAAGGAAUCUAGUGUCGAAUAUUCCUCCCCAGCAAAACUUGAAGCUGAUGCUCAACCAACUGGAGAUGCCCCAAAUCAUGAAGGUCUGACCACUGCUUGUUUUGGAAAAUUCAAUUUGAAAGCUGAGAAAUCUGCUAAUUCAAGCUCAUCAAAAUCUCCUGUUAAGGAAACUCCAAGAAGUAAUGUAGAAAAUAUGGAAUCUGACACAUAUUCUGGCUGUAAAGAGAACAAAUUAGAAGACUUAUCAAAUUUGUUAAGAACCAAUCCGGAUUUGCUAGGAGUCACUGAUCCUACUGAGGAUGACCAGAUCGAAGAAAUGCUUCAGAAAGUAAGACAGGAUGCUGAUGAGAGCUUCUCACAGAAAUAUGAACCCACAGCUACUGACCCUAGAGUAUUAGCAGCUUUGGAGGAAGACCUCGCUGCUAUUCAGAAAUACGGAGAUUUGAAUUUCUCUAAGCCUUCCAAACUUGAAAAUGUCGAGGAAGUCACUCCCAAUAUUGAAAAGAACCAAGAGCUGAUUAAAACCGAACGUCUGAGUGAAGUAAGAGCUUCUAUUGAGAAGGAAGAGACACCAGAGCCAGUCCAGUUGAGAAAAUCUAAGUCUGAGCAAGAAAAUUCUCCUAAACCAGAGAAAGAAGAUGAGCCAAGUGAGGGAUCGUUCAAUGAGUACUCACUACAGAACGAAAUCAAUGCAUUGGCUCAAAAUCUAGAAGCUUCUAUUAGUAGAAAAUUUAAAGAAGAAGAGAAGGACUACACUGAGAAGAAAAUUUCUGAUCAGAGAGAAGAGAACGCUAUUACUGAAACUUGAGAUAAGACUGCAGAGAAAGUUCCAGUAGAAGAGCAGAAGGAAGUUAAAAACCCUCGUCCCUUAGAGGAGACACCUUCAGUAAAGCUUCAUGACGAAACUACAGAACUAGACUACCAUAAGAAGUCUGAAAUAGAGUUUGAAGCUAGCUCUCCUGUGAAAUCUGCCAUUCUAGUAGACGAUAAUAUUGACGAGAGUGCUAAGAAGAGUAAAUCUAACUUCUUAGACUUCCUUGACACAAUUGAGGAGAGGAGUAAUUAUGAUGUAAAAUCCAGGCAUGAAAAAUCUCCAAAGAACUCUUCACCAAAGUCAAACUUAGAUAAACUACUAAAAAUGGAGGAGAAAUUAGGGACUCCUUCGUUCAAUGGGAAUCCUGAGGAGAGAUCGCACUUGGUAUCCCUCGAGACUGAGUUAAUGGAGUGAUACAAGACUAUCAAAGCUCUCAAGGAGGCAAAGAUAAACCAGGAUCUCAAACACACUGAGGAACUCAAAAAGCUUGAAAAAGAAUGUAAGAAGGACCUUAAGAAGGAAAAGAAGCUCUUUGAACAAGAAAAGGAGAAACAUCUAGUCUAUGUAGAUGAACUUAUCCAUCAAAAAUCUCAGUUAGUUGAGAGACUAGAGCAAUGUGACCAGGAUAAGGUCAAUAACGAUGAGAUCCUUCAGAAGCGAGAGAAGGAGCUACAGGAGAGAUACCGUAUAGAAAUAGCCAAGAACAAGGAAAAAUGGAUGGCUGGUGAAAAAGUCCGCAGAGAAAAGUGGAUGAAGGAGAAAACUGAAGAAAUUAAGCAAAGCAGCAUCAAAGGACUCGAACCUCAGCUGCAGCUAAUGAUAACUAACCACAAAAAGCAACUAAAGAGGGAAAAAGAACGCUACCUAGAAGAAAUCUCUGAAGAAAAAGUCAGACUGGCAGAAGAAUAUGAGGAAAAACUUAAAGAUUUCAAGGCAAAAAUCCUUCAUGAUAAGGACUACGAGCUUGAAAGGAUGAAAACAAGGUACGAAGAGAAGGAAUCCCAUAACUACGACAGAAUAGAAGCUCAGUUCAAUAAAGAAAGAGAUCGUUGGGCUGAAAAUAUGAAAGCAGAGACCGAAAGAAUCGAAAGCUUCAGAAAGCGGGACCAGGAGAUCCAGAAGGAGGAAAUCAUCUCCAUCAAGAAACAGCAUCAGGAGGAACUGCUUUCUCUUAAGAAGUUCUAUGACGAGAAAUUUAACAAACAGGAUAACUCACAUAGUGAAGAGAUUCUUGAGCUGAGACAAAAGCUGCGUGAGGAAUACAACCAAUGGAAAGAAGAGUUCCUACAGAAGCAGAAAGAUGAACUCAGAGAGAAGAUGAAAGAAAUGAGAGACCAGGUUAAAAGAGAGCGUAACGAAGAAGUCAACGUCAUUGUCGAGAAGUUAUCCAGCGAAGCUUACACACAAGAGAAAGCUCUGAUCACUAAAUAUGAGAGAAAAGAGAAAGAAAUCGAGAACAAAUACAGAACUGAGAUCCUUGAUCUUAAAGACCGUGUCGAGACUUUAGUCACAAAGAAUGAGACCGAGAAGAGGUCUAAAGAGAUGCUGAGUGAAAAUAUGGAUGUCCUAAAUGAGAGAAUGAACCUGAAUGACAAGGAAAUUAUUGAGAAGAACGGAAUGAUUGAGAGCCUGAGAGAAACUGUCAAGAGCCUUACCAAUAAACUGAACAAUCUUCAAUCUGAGGAGGAAAGAAAAAGAGGAAAUUUUGAAAGAGAUGAAGCUGCGAAGAGAAGCCAUCUCCAGAAAGAAAUAACCUAUCUUAAAGAUGAACUAGAGAGGCAGAAGCUUUUGGUCAAGGCUGAGAGCGAUAAGCUCAAGAGAGUAAAUGAAGCUGAACUAGAGGCAAUUGAAGAAAAGGUUAAGAGAGUUUUAGCAAAGAAGGAAGAGACCAUUGAGCAUUUGAAGGAAGAAGUUGCUGUAAAACAGACGCAAAUGCUUAAAUACAAGGAAUUAUUGGAUAAGCAAAGACUAGACUUUAUCUAA